GGAUGAGAGACGGUGGCCGAGAGGCUCACAUCAAAAUGGCCGCAUUUUAGUCUACAGACGAUUUUUCUUUACUGUUUGCCAAUAGCCGCAUAAAGGGCCUGGCAGUGUUCCUUAAAGUGGCAAAUCUGUUUCGCUGGAAAUUUCGCUGUUGAAUAACUUGAAAAUUUUCGUGAAAUAGAAUAAACUUCGGUUUUGCAUAAUAUUUUACAUGAUGUUACGCCAUCAACAUCAUACAAUGCAAAACCAACUUCGAGAUCAUAACAGAAUGGGUGGUCCGAUGCGUCCCAUGCAGCAGGCAAAUAUGGCCCCUUUACAUCAGCCGCAGCAUCCGCUAUCGCAUCGGAAUCCACAUCAACAAAUACUGUCCAUGCCCCCCCAUCAACAACACAUUCAUCAUAUGCAACACCCUGGACCACCACAUGGAAAUCCAAGGCAACCAAUGUUGAUGGGCAUGAAUGCACAUAAUGCAAAUGGUACCAUGGUUAGUGUUAGUUUAAAAGAUCAAGCAAAUACUGUCUCUGUGACUCUACAAAAUCCAAAUGUUCAGCCACCACAAUAUCAGCUACAACAAAAUAAUCAACAAACUCCUCCACCUCCUCAGCAACAUGUUCAUCAAUCACAAAGCAUAGAACCAAAUAAACCACCUACAAAUGAUACAAAUGGAGAGUCCAGAGAUCAGAAUUCACCUACACAAAAUCACAUUAAUGUGACUGAUUCAGCUUUGGCAAACAUGAAAGAAAAAACACCGAUGUGCUUAUUAAAUGAGUUAGCACGUUUUAACAAAAUUCAGCAUCAAUAUAGGUUGACUAAUGAACAAGGACCAGCGCACAAGAAACGAUUCACGGUAACACUAAAGCUAGGACAGGAAGAGUAUGUUGCUGAAGGUUCUAGUAUAAAGAAAGCUCAACAUAGUGCUGCAACUGAAGCGUUAACAAAGACCUGGUAUCGACGCCCUUUGCCGAAACCCAGAAAGGCAAUGAGAGUUGGACAUCCAGGAAAAUGUUUCAGUGGUUCUGGAUUAUUUAUUACAGGAAAUUUACCACCGACUGUUGAAUUAAAUGCUUUGGCUAUGAAAAGAGGAGAACCUACUGUUUAUAGUUUCCUAUUGGCUCCAGUACCAGGAUCACAGCCAUAUCUUACACAUAAUUUAGGUCAUCUUCCUCGAAUAUUUAAUCCACGUUUUCCUACAUACAAUCGUGGUUUUCACGCGGAACCCCAAUUGUAUAUUGUAUCAUUAAAGGUAGGAGAACGUGAAUUCAUUGGAAGAGGUGUGACAGGUCAAGCAGCACGACAUAAUGCAGCGAGUAAAGCUUUAGAACAAUUGCGCCAAUUGCCAAUACCGGAAGAAGUAGCGAAUACUUGUACUACCGGUGAGAACGGUACAUUAGGUGAAACUAAAGAUCCGAUUGCUGAAUUGAAAAGCCCUGUAUCAUUGGUUUAUGAGAAAGCAUUAAAACAUGGCUUACCUGUUAGUUUUGAAGUUGUGUCAGAAAUCGGUAAACCUCAUAUUCGGACAUUCAGGACGAAGUGUACUGUUGGAGAUAAAGUUACGUUCGGAGAAGGACCUUCGAAGAAAGUGUCAAAAAGACACGCGGCAGAAUUUAUGCUAGAAGAGCUUAAUCGCCUGCCUCCAUUACCUGAAACUAUUCAAAAUCGUCCGAGGCGAAUGAAACGUAAACCCCCAGCAACAAAAAAAAAGUCACGAAAUCUGAUAAAAGAUUAUCAAGAACCGCGAUCCGAAUCCGAAGGUACGGAAGAAGUAAAUCCAGUUUCCCGAUUGGUUCAGAUACAACAAGCUAAGCGAGAGAAAGAACCUGUUUAUAAUUUGAUCGAAGAGAAAGGUGCAUCAAGACGAAGGGAAUUCGUUAUUGAAGUUACUAUGGGACAGCAUUCUGCACAAGGACUAGGCCCUAACAAGAAGUUAGCUAAAAGAGCCGCGGCAGAAGCUCUUCUAACCCAAUUAGGUUACAGUAAACCACAGCCACAGCCCACAAAGCCGUCGAUCAAAACAGGAGAAAGCGAAAACACAGAACAGAAACCUAGGAAAGUUACUUUCUUAGAAGAUGAACAAAUUAAUGAUACUCAAUCUCAUCAACCAGUAGGAGGAACUAUUGGACGUCAGUUAGUACCUGGACUUUUAUUAGUGGACGGAGGUCAGGAAUCUAAAUUAGGUAGCGGACCUAGUGUACAGAUUGUUGCUGAAGAACUACGAGGACAACAGCAACAAAACCCAGCCACUGUUUCUCCCAAAGAUCAAUUGAAAUAUCUUUCUCGGUUAUUUAACUUCAGCGUGGAGUUCAAUGAUUUUCCUAAGGGAGCAGUGAACAAGGAAUAUCUAUCGCUCGUGACAUUAAGUACUGAUCCGCCACAAGUGUGUCAUGGCAAUGGACCGACAAGAACUGCAAGCCGUAAUCAAGCUGCAUUAAAAGCCCUGCGUACUUUAAGUAAGCUGGGUCUCGAUAAUGGAUCCAAUUCACAACCGAAAAAAGAUAAAGGUGCGUCUGGAGAUGGAAUACACAUUAGCAUUCAAGUUAAAAACAAUAUAAUGGAUGGAGCUAUUGAUAAUUGUUGAAUGAACUAUUCGGAGGGAAAAUGACUCUUCUCAAUCUAUCUCUCUGGGCCUUAUUACACGGUAACUUCAAACACAUUGAAUCACCGAUGACUCUCGGUCUUCGUAUGUUACGCCAUUGCUUCUUUAACAUAAUGGAUCGCGAAUUUUAGAGAUCAGUAGCUUUUUAUGAGGAAUCAAUCUUUUGCAGUGCCUUAAUUGCACGAGAAAAUGCUCAAGCACCAAUAAAAAUGAAUCAUUGAUAAGUAUCCAGAAAUAUUUUUCUUCCUUUUCUUUUACAAGAAAUAGUUGAUCGCAGCAAUCUAUGGAAAUAGAUCUCUGCGAUAAUUGCGAGUGUGGUGAAAAAAACGUAGGCUUUGCGUAUAUAAUCAUCUAAUGGAAUAUAUAAUUUAAAUUAUUUUUCUGCGCUUGAAAAUAUAGUAACAUCUCGAGACAAGAGAGAUUAUUGGUGCUUGAUCAAGAUUGUGAUCCUAACAGUGAUUAUCGAUUCUAUUUAUUAUAACAAUUUCAUUGAUAGGAUCACAACUGAUGAACGUAAAUUGUUUCGAUUUCGUAAUUGAAAUGGUCAUUUUCCAAAAUAUUGUGGUUUAUGAUCAUGAAAAACAUCGUAGAAACAUUAAGUGAAAAUAUUGAAAUCUGAGAUGAAAUGCGGCCAUCUCUUAAUUUCUCUAUUUAAUCCUUGGCUUUCUCAUUUCUUGCAAAUAGAAUGUCUGUUAUGUCUUAUUACCUAAUGCGAGUACGCAUGAAUCAGCGAAAUAAUUUAUGGAUCUAAAAAUAAUUUUAACAAAAUCAUCGUAUUACGUAUCAGAAUUUUUCAUCGUUUCAAAUCUUUAAUAACGAUUUCUUCGAAACUAAAUUGAGUUCAAAGUUUUAGUGUGUUAACGUGUAUUAAGCGUCUCCAACUAAGUAAUUAAUUCUUUAUAAUUUGCGACAAAGAUACAGAUAAAUCAAUGCUUUUGAUUUGUAUCGCUUUGUUCAGUUAAUAAUGCGAUAACUGAAUAAUAAUGAUCUUAAUUAAAAUAUAAGAAUAAAUAUAUGACAAAACAUAAGAUAAGAUUUAGAAACUGGUUGGAGACCCUUAAGUAUAUUCGAUUAUAUUACAAGCUUUCGUUUCGAAUUAUAAAAUUGAAAAAAGGUAACACGAUAUAUUCAUAUUAUUGCCCCAAUUUGCUUUUCUACGGGGCCUAGAAGCACUCUGGGGUUAUAUUCGUGUUUUACAAGGUAUUGAGAAGUAAAGGACAUUCAGAUUUUCAUACAUCCGUUAUCCAGUAAACAAGAAAAAAGGAAAAAAAAAUGAAAAAAAAAUAGAAAAAAAAAUUAAAGAUGAUUUGGAUGUAUUGGAAAUUGUAGUCGAAAUGGUAAUAAUUCAAAAUUUGUCUCGUUGCGUCACAAUUAUUAAAAAGAAGCACAAUUUGAUUUUAUCUUAAUCAAGAAACCAAUAAAACAACGUUGUCGAAUUUUGUCUUAUUGCCGACGAUUUAUAACGAUACUAAAAUAAUGCUGGAGACAAAAAAGAAAAGUAUCUGAUAAUGAAUGAAGAUAAGGUCAAGAGAUAGACUAUUUAAGAACAAGGAAGAAUACAGUAUCCUGUUUCUCAAAAAAACUUAUCUUACAUUCAUUAUCCUCAUAACAUUAUUCAAUAGGAUUUUUUGAAUGUUAAUGAAUCGUAAAAAGAAAAAAAAAAAGGGAAACUUAUACAAACGACUGUUAAAUUUCAGUAAUAUAUAAUUGAUUGCUUACACCCACAAUCUGUAACAUGCUCUGUAUCACGGAGGUAAAGAAAGAGAAGGAUUGCCUGUAUUAUUAUCAAUAAUUUUUUUCUUUCAGAUAACAGUUCGUAACGCGAUACCUUCCGAAAUAAUUUAUAGGUUGCUCGGGGACGAGUUAAUGAAUGUUCCUUUUUCUGAGAUAUCGCUUCUAGGUGGGCCUUCCUUCUUCACGUGGGAUUCGCUGUUCUAAAUAGAAAAAAAAAGAAACAAUGAUAAAAUAGCGACAACAUGUUUCUGAUAGUUUGAUUUUUUCUUUCGAUAAAGAAAAAGAAAGGAAACAUGAAUCCUACGGAAAUAUAACCCUGUUGCAGGACCUAUUUUAUCCGCGUAAACUGUAAUACAAUAGUUAGUCGUAACAAUAAGUGAAUAAAGUAUUAAUUACUAAGAUGUGCGAAGGUGGAAGUAUCUUGAAGGAAUAUGAUGAUAAAUGUGAUUCCAAGAGAUAACAAAUAAAAAAAAGGUCAUGUUCUAAACACUUAUUUUACAAUGCAAUGCUUUCCACUUAAAUCUGUAACUAUCGGGCGAAUGUAACAUUGGCAUUGAUAUCUAUACGCUUGAUUUGUUACUAGAUUGUAAGCUAUAAAACGAUAACAACAUAAGUAUUGCCUUUUUGUGCUUUAAUUUAUUGAUAUGUAUGUACAAAAGUAACAGCUUAUAAGAUUUUCAUGAAUUAAAUUUAUCUGAGCGAUCAUGUACCGAUAGUUAAGGAAAUAAUUUCGGUAAAAGCAGACUAAAACAUGCAUAGUUAUCCAGAAUUUUUUGUUUAAACAUUGAACCGUUACGUUAAUUUUGUCAUGUAAUGCUGUACAUGUUUGUAUUGGAAAAGAAAAAAUGAUUAGAACAUCCUUUUUUUUUAAAUAAUGAAUCAAAGGUGAUUAUGAUAUACGAUUAUUGUUUUUAAUGUUGUGGUAUAGAAAAUGAAAGUUGUGCGUAAAAUAAGCUAGUUACUUUGUUUCUCUUAUUCAUUCCUUCAGAGAGUACAGUUGUAAAAUGUGAUUUUCAGAAACGUCGAUUAAAACAGAACGAUCUUAUCGAAAAAAAUUUGCAAGGUGGAUUAUGGCAGUAAAGAUUUUACACUGAUAAAGUUUUUUAUGCCGAAAAAUCGUUUAACUCCGUUUUAAAAAGUGAUUGUUUAAUACGUAGAUAUCUACUGCUUAUUUAAACUUUAUCGGUUUGUAUUUGACAUCAAUAAACGAAUGUAAAAACGUUAA